GUCGGUGCGCGCUCGCCUUCCGCCUCGGAGCAGCGGGGCGGCCGCGGUCGGGCCUGUGCCGGGGCGGCUGUGGCACCGCCGUCGCUGCUCUUCGGCUGCGUAACUCUUCCCCCGGCCCCUCCCUUCCCUUCCCCUCGGGUCCAGCGGCGGCGAUGGGUUCCCGGGCGUCCACUCUGCUGCGGGACGAGGAGAUCGAGGAGAUCAAGAAGGAGACGGGCUUCUCCCAUAGUCAAAUCACCCGCCUGUACAGUCGCUUCACCAGCCUGGACAAAGGAGAAAAUGGCACUCUUAGCCGUGAAGACUUCCAGCGGAUUCCAGAGCUUGCCAUCAAUCCACUUGGAGACAGAAUUAUCAAUGCCUUUUUUCCAGAAGGAGAGGACCAGGUGAAUUUCCGUGGAUUCAUGAGGACACUAGCCCACUUCCGACCCAUAGAAGAUAAUGAAAAGAGCAAAGACCAGAAUGGACCAGAACCACUGAACAGCAGAAGUAACAAGCUCCACUUUGCUUUUCGAUUAUAUGAUCUAGAUAAAGAUGACAAAAUUUCCAGGGAUGAGCUUCUCCAGGUAUUACGGAUGAUGGUUGGUGUAAAUAUUUCUGAUGAACAGUUGGGCAGCAUUGCUGACAGGACAAUCCAGGAAGCUGAUCAAGAUGGAGAUAGUGCCAUCUCCUUUGCAGAAUUUGUGAAGGUUUUGGAGAAGGUGGAUGUAGAGCAGAAAAUGAGCAUUCGAUUCCUUCACUGAUGGAUGGAGAGCCUAUUCCUUUCUACUCCAACUAUGUAAUGAAUAGAACUUCAUUUUCUCCUUAGCACCAUACCCCAGAGCAUUGCUACUGGUGCAUAUACAAUACAUCUCCAACCCCUCCUUGAUUUGUUCUACCAAUGUGAACAUUCCCUGUGCAACAGGAACAAAGGGAAAUGGCUGCCAUGCAACUUGGAAAAGGAGCUUUUUUAAUGCUGUCCAUCCUGGGGUUUUUGCCCUUUCUCUUGUCUCCUUCUGCACUACUGUUUCGGUAAAAAUAUCUCUCCUUAAACACUACUGUUUAAUCUACAAACUGAUUCUUCUGAGCUCUGAAUCUGAGAAUGGAAAAACAGGAAUAUGCCACAGAAGUGCCCUCUGAAAUGUUUCAGAGACAAGCAUCUACUCAAAUACUAGGUGCAUUGGUAAUUAUUCACUUUUGCCACAUUACAGCUGCCUUUUUAAAAAAAAAUAUUGUUGCCCCUUUCCCAUUUGGCUCUUUACAUGCAGACUUGUUUCUUCAGUGCUUCUAAGUCUGCCUUUUACUUGAGAACUUCUCAACUUCUAUGGCUUCUUGUACAACUAGCACAAAUGCAUGAUGAUAGCUAAGAGUACUUUAAAGUACUGUGAAUAGAUUUUGUUCUUUGUGGGAUGAAUUCACAGGGACAAUAGUAGAAUCUAUGGUGGGGACAGGCUGUGGUAUGAAUUCACAGGGACAAUAGUAGAAUCUGUGGUGGGGACAGGCUGUGGUAUUCUCAAAAGGAAUAGGAAAUCUGCACUAUGUCACUUGAACUGUUCUAGCAGCAGAGGCAGAAACUUGUUUCUUUCCUUUGCAUAGCUUGCAGGCUUGACAGCCGGUGGACUAUGAAGUGUCUUCUCCAGAUUGUUUUCGUCUAAGAUCCCUCCCUUCCUCAGGGUGGUUUUGCUUCUGAAAGUGUAAAUUUGUUUACCAGUGUACAAAAUGCAAGAAAAC